ACCCGUUCUCUUCCUUCCCAACUUCAAACCAAAUAAUUAAGGUCCAAGGGAAAUGUUUUACAGGUUCUUCCUCAUUCUAUCUCUGGUUUCACUCGCAAAUUCAACAUGCAACACUACGGACAAAGAAUUUGUUUCCAGAACUUUCAGUUCAGUCUCUGGCUUCAACAUUUCCUGGUUCAACCAUGGAGAUUCCAACUGUUCCAAUCCUCCAAUCGGUGAAAUAAAGCUUCCGUCAAGGAAUCUCACCGGAACCAUCUCCUGGCAAUCUCUCCUGAAAAUUGCCCAUCUGCGUUUACUCGACCUCUCAAAUAAUUCUCUGCAAGGCUCUGUUCCUGGCUGGUUUUGGUCUCGCACCAACUUGGUUCACGUCAAUCUAUCCAAUAAUAAAUUUGGUGGAACCAUUGGCUUCAAACCCACCUCAGGAAACUGGUCGACUUCGCCCAUUCAGACGCUAAACCUCUCCACCAAUCGAUUCACCAACGCGGUCAGGCUCUCUGGUUUUCCAAGCCUUCGGGUCCUUGACCUCUCGCAUAACGCUUUAGGUUCGUUGCCUUCUGGGUUAACCAAUCUCACCAAGCUAGAGCAUCUUGAUAUAUCAGCCUGCGAGAUUUGGGGCAGUAUAAAAACCAUUUCAGUUAUCCGCUCCUUGAAAUUUCUAGAUGUCUCAGUCAACUCCUUAAAUGGUACUUUCCCUUCUGAUUUUCCUCCUCUUGCUAAUCUUUCCUUCUUGAACGUGUCGGUAAACAACUUCAAAGGUUUUGUAGGAUUUGAUAAGUACAAAAGAUUUGGCAAAUCUGCUUUCAUCCAUGCUGGAAAGUUCAUUUUCAAUUCCUCGAAAACCACCCCAAUCAGCGUGAACAAUAACCAAAUUAUCUCCCACCCACUUCAUAACAAACCCAUCAAAAAGAAAUCAAACACCAAAAGCAAGUUUCUAGUAAUCGGGUUGUCAUCUUCAUUAGGAUCUCUUCUUUUAAUUUCCAUUGUCUUCUGUGUGUUCUGCACGCAUGCAAGAAAGAGAAAUAGCAGAAAGAAGAAAUGGGUAAUAUCCAAACCGGUCCAGUUUCAGUUCAAGAUGGAUAAAUCCGGGCCAUUUUCUUUCGAGACAGAAUCGGGUACUUCUUGGGUUGCAGAUAUUAAAGAGCCAACAUCAGCACCGGUGUUGAUGUCCUGUAAACCAUUGAUGAAACUCACGUUCAAGGACCUGAUUGUGGCUACUUCAUACUUCGGUAGGGAUUCACUGUUCGCCGAGGGAAGGUGUGGGCCAGUCUACAGAGCAGUCCUCCCCGGAGACCUCCACGUGGCAAUCAAAGUGUUGGAGAGCGCCAGAGACGUUGCUCAUAAUGAUGCAGUUGCUUAUUUUGAACUUCUCUCCCGGCUUAAACAUCCCAAUCUCUUGCCUCUCUCCGGUUACUGCAUUGCAGGGAAGGAGAAAUUGGUGUUAAACGAGUUCAUGGCCAAUGGAGAUUUGCACUCAUGGCUACACGAGCUGCCCGCGGGAGAACCCAACGUGGAGGACUGGAGCUGUGACACGUGGGAGAAUCCUAACGGCGUUUUAUCCCCAGAGAAGACCGAUUGGAUCACUCGCCACCGCAUUGCCGUAGGCGUCGCGCGUGGUCUUGCUUAUCUCCAUCACGUGGGGUCCACUCACGGUCACCUGGUCGCCUCCAACGUCCUACUCUCCGAUCACCUCGAGCCAAGAAUUGCGGAUUUCGGGAUCCGCGGAAUCAAAGAACGAGGCGGGGACGCUGAAGGGGGAGUGGAGUUUGACGUGUAUUGCUACGGCGUCGUUUUAUUGGAGCUGUUAAGUGGGAAACAAGGGACGGAGGAGAAAGUGAAGUGGGCACGGAGGUUAGUAAAGGAAGGAUUGGGGGUCGAGGUGCUGGACUCGAGACUAAAACUCGGGGGCGACUCAGUGGGUGAGAUGGUGGAGAGUCUCCGAGUUGGGUAUCUGUGUACGAUUGAGUCGCCUCGGAAAAGACCCACGAUGCAACAGGUCGUGGGUUUGCUAAAAGACAUACAUCCCAUGACGGAGUUGAACUGAGUUGACUGGUCAUGUCAACCACUCUCACCUGCCCAAUUUCAGCAAUUCUGAUUCCACGUGAUGGGUUUUUAACUUGAUAUUUUAUUUGAUGUAAAUAAAGACAAAAAGAAAGUGGGGUUAGAAUCGGAUGAUGAGAAUGAGUUGUUUUUAUGUUUGGUUUUGUGAGGAAGGUAAGAGCAAUGCCCACUUAUUAUUAUGCUGGUCUCUAAUGGGAGACUCACCAUCAUUCCC